AUGACAGGGGUCGACCUUGAGAAAUGCAAGCGUAUCGUACAAUACUUCUGGGACCCCGAACCCAAGAAUGACACUGCACCAGGAUCCCCCAUAUGGUGUCUAGGCCAACAAUACACGCCCACCCAGCCACCAGGCCCCCAUGAUGCAGUAGACCAGUCAAGUCACGUCGAACCAACAGCAGACCGUGUGAACGACACGGGCGGUGCCUGGCCUGAGGCCUUUCUGGCCGACUUUGAAUCGCGAAUAUGGAUGACCUACCGCUCACACUUCGCGCCCAUCCCACGCAGCAAAAAACCCGAAGCUACGUCCUCGAUGACGUUGGGGGUCCGCCUGCGUAGCCAGCUCAUGGACUCGCAGGGCUUCACAUCCGAUACCGGGUGGGGUUGCAUGAUCCGGUCAGGGCAGAGUCUCCUUGCAAAUGCCCUUUGCGUUCUGCAAUUUGGACGAGAAUGGCGAAGAGGUCAUGGACCCGAAGAUGAAUCAAAACUGCUGGCCAUGUUUGCAGAUCAUCCUGAUGCUCCAUUCUCCAUACAUCGAUUUGUCCAGUGCGGAGCCGAGUCGUGCGGAAAAUACCCCGGGGAAUGGUUUGGGCCAUCAGCGACUGCACGAUGUAUCCAAAUGCUAUCAAAUGCACAGGAACCACCAAUGCCUAGGGUCUACGUGACCAAGGAUACGUCCGAUGUAUACGAAGACCAGUUUAUUCGACUGGCUAGCGACCAAAGCGGACAGAUCCAGCCAACGCUGAUUCUCAUGGGCCUCCGGCUGGGGAUUGAUCAUGUUACAUCGGUCUACUGGGAUGGACUACAAGCGACUUUGCAAUAUCCGCAAUCCGUGGGCAUCGCCGGGGGUCGCCCAUCUGCGUCACAUUACUUUGUGGGGUCGCAAGACUCGCAUUUGUUCUUCCUCGACCCACACUCCACACGCCCAGCCGUACCUUAUCCCCCAAAUGAAGCAUAUAGUGCAGAGGAGUUGGAUAGCUACCACACCCGUCGAUUGCGGCGUAUUCACAUCAAGGAUAUGGAUCCCAGCAUGCUCAUUGGAUUUUUGAUCAAGAACGAUGCUGAUUGGACUGAUUGGAAAGCCCGAGUCCAGUCGACGCCGGGGAAGCCGAUCAUUCAUCUUGUCACGGGGGAACCACCCAUCGACGCUGGACAUGGCCGGAAGGAAGCGCUGGACGAAGUGGAGGUCUUGGACGACUCAGAUUCAGAUGCAGACGCGCUGGUAUAA